UGCCGCGGUUACUCCACAACUUGCUAAUGUCUGAACCUGAUUUCGCUCAAACACGCAAGAAAAAAAGACGAUUGAAACCACUGACGGUUGAAGGGAAUCCAAGUACGCAGCUUGAAGACUCCAAGUCUGCAAGUGCGAGCAAAGAAAAGAAGAAGAAAACGAGGUCACGUGACGCACAUGAAGUGUCCCAUAUUGCAGACGAAGCUCCAGAAGAAAGUGCCGGAACGUCUUACCGGGAGGACGGCACGGUUGUAUUCGAAGACCGAGUUGACGAUACAGACAAAAUGCAAAAAGUGAGAAAGAAGAAACGCCAGAAUUCAAUCUUAGCUCCUGAUGAUGAGGUUGGAGAGAAGAGGAGAGCCGAAGAAAGACUUGAAAAGACAGAGCCACAGUUGAGAAGGCAACUGCCACCAGCUCCAGGUACUACAGCUGAGAUCCAAGCUGGUGAGCGGGAUCAUGUGCAGUUGGGUAGGUCUGCUUCUAGUAGAAAACCAAGGAAACAACCGAAGAAACUUUCAAGACGACAAUCAGCUGUUGGUCCGGAAACUACUGAAAUGGAUGACAUGUUUGCUGGUGAAUAUGAAAUAUCGUCAGAAGACAUUAUAGCUGGAGAUGUAAGGAAAGCUUCUGCAAUACAACCAACUCGGUCUCUUCCGACUAGUCAGCCUAUAGGAAAGGUGUUUGUCGAAAAGAAAGAUGGGAAAGGGUUUGUUACUCAGAGUCGACAAGCUUUGACAGAGACGAAUGAUGAUUUACAGCCAGAUGAAGAGCUUAUUAUUGUUGACAAAACAACAUCAGAAUUUGCUUUGCAAGUCGUCAGCUUGUUUCGCUGGUUUGCCUUUCUUUGUCAUGGAUUGGCUGCAGGUUUUGGUCUUUGGCAGUGUGUCGGUGUCUAUCAGCUGGAUGCGGCCGCAUCAAGUGAUGGAGAUUUCCUCGGCUUAUAUGAGAAUACUAGUCAAGUGACACAGUCACUGUACUACUUCUUGUUUGCAGUGUGCUGCGUCUCAGUUCUUGAAAGCUAUGAGUCUGUUCAUGCUCAUUCCACCAGUAGUUUCUUUCGGAAGUUCCAACUCAGGCCAAGUUAUUGUCUAGCUGUCGUUAUUUAUGUGGUUGGCCUGGUAGUUACACUUGCUGUUGCUAAUACUGACUACAGAAUUAAACUGUAUGACGAAAGGCCGGAUCUUUGGACGGAUGUUUUGACAACAAUCUCUCCCUCAUCAGAUCAGUGUGCUGUUCGUGUGAACGAUAUUUGCUACCAAACAAGAGGCAGUAGCUCAAGGCUUACAAUCUGGCGAGCGCUGAAUACUGUGCGCGGUAUAUGUGCUAUUCUGGGGUGGUUAUUAGUGUCGUCACAAUCUGAUAAAACUCACACACCAGACCAUCUAUUUCGUUAUCAAUCAGACACACUUAGAAAAAGUCCAAUAGCUGACGUAUGA